GUGGCGUGUAGUCGUCGGUCGUUGCGUGCGGCCGUUGCGUGUGAACACCGCUCCGUUCCGGCAGCGGUUUGUCGCGCGCAUUGCGAUUAUUCGAAUGCCCGCGUGGAGCUGUCAAGUAUCGCUGCUGACAUCGCUCGUAUUUGAAUGAUAUUGUAUAAUAAUAAUAAUAAUAAUAAUAAUAAUAACAAUCCGUAUCGAUCAUACUUUAUGUUUUGCGGUUACGACAAUGUCGAAGUCCGCGUUCAACUUGAUCGAAGAUGAACUUCUGGUGGAAGAGGUCAGCAAAAACCAAGUGAUAUACGACAAUUCGCACGAGAAACAUAAGGAUUUGCAUUACAAAGAGAUCAUUUGGAAUAAAAUAUCGCCCAUUGUCGGAAGAAGCAGUGAGUAACAAAAUUCACUAUCUACAUACAUGUACAGUUUUAAAUGUUUUUAAUCGUUGUCUGUUUCACUAUUUCCACGCGCCUGCCUAUGUUUCCCAUUUGUGAUGUAUUUUGCGCUAAUUUUAAAUAACCAACAUUGUUCUUUAAAUAUUUAACAAUUCGAUUAUAAAGCUUAAUGGGGUAAAUUGAUUACGUUUAUUAUUUAUAGCUGAUGAUUGUAAAAAACGUUGGAGGAAUAUACGUGAUACUUAUAUGAAACAUAAAAGAAAACCAGGAACUGUAUCAGGUACAUCGAAAAAGAAGUGGGCACUGGCUGAAAAUUUAUCAUUUUUGAACAACGUAAUACAAUACGAAAGAAAGUAAGUAGGUACUUAUAUCAUAGUAUAGUUUAGGCGCAAUUGGGGUGAUACUUGGUUUAUUCCAAGUCCCCUCCAGUUCAAAAGUUGUUAGAAGUACUUAAUACUACUAAGAAUAUAUUUAUCAUAAAUGAGAAAAACAAAUUUUUGUUACACGUUUUUUUUCUUCUGAUUAUGAUAUAAACAUGGAGAUUACAAUACGAACAAAAUUCAAAUUUUGAAAGCGCGCACUAAUCGUAUAAAAACUAUUGGUACAUUAUGUGGGGGAAAUAAUACUGUGAUAAACUCGACGUUAUCUUGGUUGAGGUUAACUAUGGAACAGACUCAGUUUUUAACUAUGUCAAUGUUAAAUAAUGAGAGGGAUUUAUCUAAUAAUGGAAACAAUAUUGUAAAUUUAUUUACUGGACGAUAGCCAAUUGAUUCUUGAAACUAAUUACCAUUUAGUUCGGUGACUCUCGCCCAUGGCCUUAUCAUAUUAUACUUUUAUACUGUGAUAAGUGAUAACUGCGUUUUUUACUACUGUCUUCGGAGAACCAUGGUUUUUUACUAUUGAUUUUUCGUCGUGGUGCCCAAGAUAACACACCACUCGCGUCUAUAUGGGAGUGGCAAUUGUGAUUGUAAUUAUUCACGUACAGUAAUAAUAUGAAAAUAUUUAAUGAAACACGAUUUCCAAUUAAGUACACCACGUUGAUAAUACGAUUUUUAGACUGUAAUAUAUUACGUAUAAUGUACAGCGUGUGUAUAAUGUAUAUUUCGUAUUAUUCAUUAUUUCGUCAUCGUUGGAAGACGAAGACGGCAGUAAGUCAAUUUUACUGCGAAAACUAUUUUCUUGUUCAAAGCCAUUGUUAACAGAUUAUAAUAAUAUAUAAAUACACACCGAUAAAUACGUCAUACGCGAAUAAUGCAAUUAUUUCUACGAAUCUAUUAUUUUCUAUCACAAAACACACUUAUCGAAUAAUCCACAUCGUCACACCGACACCGUCAAAAUCGACCGUGCCAUUUUUCUGCACCCGUGUAGAUAAAAUUACAAUACAUCCGGUCAUAUGGAAUCCGCUAUUUCCACUGCAUCGGUGACGGCGGCUGGUUAUAAUAGGCAAAAUGUUCGCGUUAGACAGUGUACGCGGGCGCAGGCGCCAUGGAAAAGAAAACUGUGGAAAACGCUAGAACAGUUAUCACAGUACAAUUGUGAUUGAGGCCCUUGAGCCUCGAAUUAAAUGGCGAAUUGACACUUUACUUCUUAAAACCGGUUAGAAAUCUAGUAUUGUUGUAUAUAUCUGCCAUCUGCGGUACAAAUACAUUCUAUUUACGAGAUUAUAAUUAUGUAUCGAGUUAAAUUCGAUUAUAAUGACGUAUUUCGUUCAGAGCCCUACUUAGGGGGGGGGGGGUGUUAGGGGUGCUGCAGCCCCGGGCCCCGACAUAAUAAGAGGCCCCCGUGUAUAUUAAUUUAGUUUUAAAAUUAUCAUUGUUUAAAUUUGUCAAAGUAGAAAAUAUUUACGAAGAAUACCACUUGUGAUAGAAUUAUAAAAUGUUAUUUAAUCAGUAGUCUAUAAAAUUAUCCAUUAAGAUAAAGUUGGGAAAUCGUAAAUUUUGAAAAAAACAAACGUAUUAUCAACAAAUAUUUUAUCUUACACUGAUGAUAAGGAAAAAUGAGACAGAAAAAAUAAUUCCCGGAUGAUACAGUUGAAAAUAAUUCGAAUAUUCGUAAAAUAUAAAAGACUGACAUACUUUGCAACAUGGGUGGGCCGCAUUAAAUAAAAUACGCAACUAUUAUCCAUUGCUUACGAAAAACGAUUCUGAGCGGAGUUUAGAUAAUAGUCAACAAUAUAACAUAUACGUCACAUUAUGGUAAAAUAAUCACAUAUACAUUAUAUAUUUUCUUUAAUAACAUUUGUUUAAUAAUGUUUCUAUUUUCCUUGUUUUUCCCAUUUCUAGGGAAAACUCCUGAAAAAAUAAAAAAAAUGACUUCCUUAUAGUCAGAGUUUCUUUCAUAAAAAGUGCUAUGCAUGAAAAUUGGAGCAUAAUAGCUGAUAGAAAAGUUGUCUUUAGAAAAGAGAAAACAAACUUCAUUGUCAAACAAAUACAUACCUCGCUCCGCUCAGAAUCUAAAAAUUAGAGAUUGACACUUUUUCUAUUAUAAUUGAUUGUUUAGUUACGGAACUGGAUAAGAAAAAAAACGGAAUUUAUAAUUUAAUUUAAGGACCCCAUCUAAAAAUUAGUCCCGGGCCCCGAAAUUCUUGAAUAGGAUUCUGAUUAUAUUUAUGUAGUUAAUUACCCGGGCAAGGGUACGUAUUUAAAAACAAUAAGACAUACCUAGUGUUUUUGUUUUAUUACUGCAGUUUUUGAUGAUAAAAUUUAGAUUUUGGUUUUAAUUCGAGAAGCUAAUUAAUUGAAAAACCGUCAGGGGACUACGGACAAUGGGGAACUAUAAAUAUGAGACAUUGUACAUCUUUUGUUCAUUUUCAUGCUACAAAAUUUUUUUUAUUCGAAAUAUUUAAUUAAAACAAUUAGUUUAGUUUAAAUAUAAUUUGUUGACUUCGAAUUGCCUUAAGUUUUUUAAAAUUACCUAUUUUGUGUCAGUUUGAUAUUAAUUAUUCAAUGUACCUACUCAUAUUCUAGAUAUGUUUAUAGGAAAUUAAUUUUUUUUCGGAACUUACAAUUAAAAACAAUAAAAAUUAUCUAAAAAAAACAUUCUAUGAAUACAAUUAUCACCCAAUUUUUAUUUUACGAUAGUUCAAAUUAUUGUUUAAUUAUAACUACAUAAAAGUUAUUAAAAUGUAAAAAGAUUAUUUUUUUGCGUCAAUAUUAUUAUUGCUACCUGUAAAACUAUAAAAUAAAAUGCGUAAUAAUAGUAAAAAUCUUUUAUCAAAUUAAUCUUUCAAACUAACGUAAUAUUUGUAUUUAAAUAUUUCAGUAUGAUUGCACAUUUUAACGGGAAUGAUUCUCUAAUUGAAGACAAUACCGAAGAUGCCAACGAAAAGUUUGAAAAUAACACGAUCGAAAAGUCCGUGAUAGAAUCAGAUUUUAAUGAGUAUCAACCGCCAACAAAAAUGUCGAAAAUUAAAAAUUAUCAAAUUGACAGAGCAUCUACGAUUGUUGAAAGUUUACAAAAACCAAACGAAGCUAUUAUCACAUAUAACACAACGACCGUUGACGAAAUAGAUUUGUUUUUCCAGAGCAUCGCGGGCAUAGUGAAAAAACUACCGCCCAGAGGUGUUACCGAGGCGAGACUCGAAGUUUUGAAAACUGUAUCGGCGCUCGAGGAAAAGUACUCCGACAAUUAUUACUAGAAACAUUGUGAAUAUGUGAUUUGUUUGCGAAAAAUAACAACGGAAUCGCAUCGAACACUUUGAAAUGUCUCUGGCCGUGCUGAAAAUGUACCAGUGCAUAAUACAGCCGCGACUUUCUGCCGUAUCUCACGGGAGACCAAUGAAUAAUCGACUCCGCAGCGUUCGAUCGUUGCGGCCAGUCGCAUCCAUACGCGGGAACCUCUAUUUUUACACCACUUUUCAAAGACGAUUUAACAAUUAAUAAUUUACGGGGGGGGGGGGGGAAACAACAACAA